AUGACUAUGGGCGUGUCAAUUGAUGACUCUUCAGUUUCCAUUGUGGAAAAACAUGGCUCAUCCGCCACCGUCCACUUCCUCGAAAAUGUCACCGCUGAUUCACGGGAAUACAAAGGCAUUCACCCCAUCGUGGCUCUGGACUCUCACCAAGAAAACCUCGCGAAAUUAGUCCACAAAUCCCUACGGCACCUCCCGCCGGCUCCCAAACAGGAGGGCAAUGACAAGUCGGUAUACCUUUUGCCCGUGGGUGAUCAACCCUCCGUCGUACGUAGGCGAAAACCAGAUUUCAUCUCCGUUACUCGGGGGCCUGGGAUGCUGUCCAGUUUGAGCACUGGAUUAAAUACGGCAAAGGGAUUAUCAGUGGCAUGGCAGGUCCCUUUGGUGGGAGUGCACCAUAUGCAGGCCCACCUACUGACCCCUAGAUUGGCUGUUGCGCUUGAGGCGCAGAAACACGCAGCCUCAGCGAGAGGGGUUGAAUUCCCUUUUCUGUCCAUAUUAGUCUCUGGUGGCCAUACACUGCUCGUUCACUCCAAAGGCCUUGUUGACCACCAGAUCCUUGGUUCCACUGCCGACAUUGCGAUUGGAGAUGCAUUGGAUAAGAUUGCUCGAGUGGUUUUGCCGCCGUCAUAUCUUGAGAAAUCGAAAACGACAAUGUACGGCAAAGCUCUGGAGGCUUUCGUCUUUCCGAAUGGAAAAGCGGAUUAUACUAAUUACAAACCUCCGUCUACCCGCGGAGAAGAGAUUGAGAAAUAUGAGGACCCAAAGUGGAACUGGACCUUCACCAUGCCGUACAGCGAAACGACCACAGUAGCAUUCUCGUUUGCAGGCUUGUUAUCCACGGCUCACAAACAAGUCGAGAUCUCCAAAGUGAAAUGGGGCUGUGCGGAAGAUGAUUUUCCCCACGAUGCACGGGUCGCAUUGGGAAGGGAAUUCAUGCGCGUCUGCUUUGAGCAUCUCGCCUCGAGGACAGUUAUCGCCCUACGAAAUCUUAAGCAACCAGCAGGCAGCGAAAACUGGAGCAAAAAGGAACGUCGAAAGAAUCAAAAGAUGCUCGCGCAGCUCGACAACCCCGUGAAAACGCUGGUCAUAAGUGGCGGAGUGGCUGCAAAUCAGUUUCUUCGCCACGUUCUCCGUUCGUUCUUGGAUGUUCGUGGCUUCAGAGAUGUUGAGAUUGUUGCGCCGCCUAUGUAUCUGUGCACAGAUAAUGCAGCAAUGAUCGGGUGGACGGGAAUUGAGAUGUACGAAGCUGGUUGGACAACGGAUUUGAAAUGUCGAGCAACGAGAAAAUGGUCACUUGACCCUAACGCUGAUGACGGAGGAAUUCUAGGUCCUAAUGACUGGGUUGGGCCGACUUAA